GGCUUGCUACCAGUAGCAAUCCACUGCUGAGCCCACGCGCGUGUCACGCAAACGCCUCUUACGAAGUGACAGUGAUAAUUCCGAACAUUCUAACAUUUCGAAGAGUGAAGUUCAGUGAAACUCAAGUGAAGUAUUGUUAUCCGGAAGUAAGAACUUUUUGGUACAUCCACAUGCAUCCGAUCACAAAAAUGAUUUGCACUUAUAACCUCAGACCGUGUCAAAGGUAAUCAUGGAUAUAGACGAGAAGGUAUCAGGUCCUGGCGGUGCGUCUCAGAAGAACUGGACGCACCUCAACACUAGCGAUGAGUUGCCCUUAGACAUGCGUUUCAAUCAUGGCCAUAUGGUCUCAAUUACGGUGUACAGUGUGCUGAUGAUGGUAUCAGCCACUGGCAACUUGACAGUCUUGUCGCAGCUUGUCAAGAGAAGAAGAGCUGGUAGAGCCAGCAGACUGGAUGUCCUGCUGAUGCAUUUGGCUGUUGCUGACCUUAUGGUAACAUUUCUCAUGAUGCCACUGGAGAUCGCGUGGGCUGGCACUGUGCAGUGGCUUGCUGGAGACCUUAUGUGCCGCUUCAUGAUGUUUACGAGGACUUUUGGGCUGUACCUCUCCAGUUUCGUACUUAUAUGUAUCGCUAUUGAUAGAUACUAUGCCAUACUAAAACCUCUGAAUGUAACAUGGGAAGCUCGGGUGCGUCGGGCCCUAUUAAUCGCCUGGGUAUGCGCAGGAUUAGCCAGCUUGCCACAAAGUUUUAUAUUCCAUUUAGAGGAACAUCCUGAUGUCAAAGGGUAUUACCAAUGUGUGACAUAUGGAUCUCUUCCAACAGAACGUCACGAGUUUGCCUACUUCCUUCUUAACAUGGCACUAAUGUAUGUGGCUCCUCUUCUUUUUACUCUGUACUGCUCUUCGGCCGCUUUAUUGGAGAUCAUUCGCAGGGCUAACACAGCUAAUGAUAAAAUGCGACGCAGCGGUGUUGGCAUUCUUGGAAGAGCAAGAGCGCGCACACUAAAGAUGUCGGUUACGAUCGUACUAGUGUUCUUCACUUGUUGGUCGCCUUACUACUGCUAUUGCUUGUGGUAUUGGAUAGAUAAGGACAUAGUAAACCACCUGGAUCCAGCAUUCCAGAAAGCCAUGUGGUUAUUUUCCUGUACGAAUUCGUGCGCGAACCCUAUUGUCUACGGUGUGUUUAACAGAAAUCGCUGGAGUUGGCGAAGUGGCCCUCAUGCCCGAAAUCGAGGUGGUUGCAUGAGACGAGGUUCCAGAUUCCCUCACGGUGACUCCAUGGAAAUAUCUGCUGCUACCCUCGCCAGAGCCCGAUGCUCAAUACACAGCGAUAGACAUAACCGGCGAGACUCCGCGCGGAGUUUUGUGAUACCAAACGGCUCCCAGAAACAUAUGAAUAACAAUAACCAGAUAAAUGGUGUUGUUUAAAAAUUUUAAAGUUUAAUUUAAAAUAAGAAUGGUUGUCUAUAAAGCCGGUUACGGUACGAUAGUUUAACGUGACAACGUUUUAACAAAUACUUCUUAAAUUAUUACUAUUUUGUAUCGAUACCAAGAAGGAGUGAAUCCUCGGAUGCAUAGGCAAAUCGAUUGAAAGAGAGAUAGAUGCGGCACAAGCGUACAAUCAGCGUAACGGGACUAUAAGCGGAACGGGACGAUGAGUCAUACUUUUUCGUGCUCGAAUCCGGUGUUCAUCGAUUUAUUAGACGUUGUCACGUCAAAAGAUCAUCUUAACAUUCAUUUUUACAAAAAUACUUAUACUCAUGUCCUCGUGUAAAUGCAGAACGCAUUCAUGUGAUCACUCUCAUCACUCAGGUUUUACAAUUGGAAAUAUUAUAUGUCGGGUGAGGACCGGCAUGGACUUUUAGUAGAAAUAAUCCUAAAAAUGGCCAACUUAUUUGCCGUGAACUUAGCAUUACGAAACAAAGCAACCAAAUGACUUGUACUAGCAUGCUUUAUAUAAGUUAUUGUAAAUAGAAUAGAUAGUCUUUAGACACUUCAAACAUGAAUGUAAAUAAACAAUUUGAUUUGAGAGCUUUAAAGUAUAUGUUGUGGAACAAGUCUCGAAAAUAUAUUUGUAAGUUCGUGUAUAUAUGUUAUACCAAUGUGCCUUUUUAGUGAAUUCAAAGGCCUAUGUAUAUAAACGAAUAUGGAGAAUAAUGUAACAAAAUAGGACAUUCCUGUUACUUUUUUUAUUUACAGCCGUACUUAGAGUUAUUAAUUAUAACAAAAACAGUUAAGUUUAACCAUACAAUAGCCUAUAUAUAUUAUAUAUAUUGACAGAUGCUUCUUAGUAAAUAAAACACACUACAUGAAAAAAUAAGAAUAAAUUUUAACAAACACCAUGGAUUAUCCAGAUUUUUUGAUCAGCGGUUAAAGAUAACUUAUUUAAUGGCUAAGUACGGCUGACAUGUUGAGUCUAUGCUUUUAUGAAUACAUUUUAUCUCAUAUAAUAACGACUAUAACCAAUAAUACUCAAUACAUUCCUAUAAAAUGCGAUAUAUUUUUAUGUAACAGACUGACAAAGUUCCAAGAGAGUGGAAAGUGGUAAAUAAAUAUAACCGUUAGUCAAGUUUUUUUUUAAGUUUAGUGUUAUUAUCGGCUGUGAGGCUAUGAAAGUUAUAAAUCAUAAAAAUAAUUUUACAGUUUAGUUUAAAUAAAACUAAUUAAAAAAUAAUUGUUU